AUGCCGUUUCAGUAUCGCGAUACAGUAAGGCAGUUCAUCAAGGGUACAGAUGGGUUUUCUGGUGCUUUUGCUGAAUGCCUUUGUGGGAGCCCUAACUUAUACCAGGAAGGUGGCAGGAAACCGUGGAACAGUAUAAACUUCGUAUGUGCUCAUGAUGGCUUUACGCUGGCUGACUUAGUUACGUACAAUGACAAACAUAACCUGGCAAAUGGAGAAGAUAACAAAGAUGGAGAAAGUCACAACAAUAGCUGGAAUUGCGGACAGGAAGGAGAGUUUGUGAGCAUCUCAGUAAAGAGAUUGAGGAAGCGGCAAAUGAGAAACUUCUUCCUUUGUUUAAUGGUUUCACAAGGUGUACCCAUGAUACAUAUGGGUGAUGAAUAUGGUCACACGAAAGGGGGAAACAACAACACAUAUUGCCAUGAUAACUAUAUGAACUACUUCCAAUGGGAUAAGAAAGAAGAGUCCUCAUCGGACUUUUUCAGAUUUUGCCGUCUAAUAACCAAUUUCCGCCAUGAAUGUGAGGCACUUGGGUUAGAUGACUUUCCAACGGCAGAAAGGUUGCAGUGGCAUGGACAUGUCCCUGGAACACCGGAUUGGUCUGAAACAAGUAGAUUUGUGGCCUUCACCAUGAUGGACUCGGUGAAAGGAGAAUUGUAUAUCGCAUUCAACACUAGUCAUUUACCAGUUAUGGUUACAUUGCCAGAAAGAACUGGCUACAAGUGGGAACCGUUGGUGGACACAAGCAAGCCUGCACCAUUCGAUUUCUUAACGCCUGACCUCCCUGAAAGAGAGCUUGCUAUCGAACAAUAUGCUCAUUUUCUUGAUGCCAAUUUAUACCCCAUGCUCAACUAUUCUUCCAUAAUCUUAUUACUCACCCCUGACCUAACUGCUUAAUCCAACCCCUACCCGUAUCAUACACAAUUACGGCUCACGUGCAAGUGUAAGUAUUUUAUGUCUCUACAAAUUUUAAUACUAAUCCGAAAGGGCUUCUCUUGCUUACAUGCUUCGACCACCAAUUUAUGAUCAUAUACAAUCAUUUUGGGUUCAUAUUUUUAAGACCAUGGGUUCGACUUUAAGUAGACUUAUUGAAUGGUUGUGUUUCUCUUUAGAAGAUUGUAACAAGUUAUCAUGUUUAUAAUCACAUGUUGUGGAUCGUCUAUGGGUAAAGACAGUUUUCGCUGC